AUAAAUGAUAUAUCUUUAGAAAUUGAGGCCACCAAGAUACACCCAGUAUCACGAUAUGAUAAGCAGCUAGCCAGAGGAUCCUAUAUCUCCCAGCCAGUGCCGUCAUCAUGUUGUUUGUGGUGAUUUGCCUGUUUAGUCUUGCGGGUGUUCAAGCGGGUUGGUACGACAGAUAUGUUAAAUUUUUUAACCACACUCUGCCAAACAAUAGGACACUACUGGAGAAAUGGCAGACUCACUUGAAGCUUUGGGAGGAAAAUUCUAGUCGCAGCAAACGGUAUCCAAUUCCCAACUUUGACUGUCAUAACACCCACCCGCAUAAUGGCCAUCAAUCCGCUAACGUCCACGAUCUGCACCCUGGGGAUGUUCGCAUUAUCGCUGCCAUGGGAGAUUCUCUGACGGCUGGGAAUGGAAUCCUUGCCACAAACAUUAUUGGAGAUUUCAUUGAAUAUCGUGGACAAGUAUGGAGCAUUGGCGGUGACGGGGAUCUGAGUACCACAAUUACUUUACCAAAUAUUCUGGAGAAAUUCGGUCAGUUCCUCUGGGGCCAGUCCUACGGAACGGGGGGUGUAGGAUCGUCAAACUCAAUGCUUAACUAUGCACAUCCCGGUGACGUGGCAGAAAAUAUGCCCGCACAAGCUGUUGCUCUAGUAAAGAGGUUAAAAGAGGACACCCACGUCCGAUUCAAUGACGACUGGAAAGUCGUGACCUUGUUCAUUGGAGGAAAUGAUCUCUGCGAUUAUUGUCAUGAUCAGACUCGUUAUUCAGCUGCGAAUUACAUUCGACACAUUCGGGAUGCUUUGGAUAUUUUACACCGAGAGGUUCCGAAAAUGUUCGUCAACCUUGUAGAAAUAUUUGAUAUUGCUCCAAUUGCUGCAAUGGAUGGCGGCUUUAUAUGCAACCUUGCACACAACGUCGUGUGUGACUGUGGACAUGACAAAAAUAAUGCUGGAAUGUUAAAAGCUGCAUCAUCGGCGUAUCAACAGGAACUACGCAAUUUAGUAUUGUCAGGACGAUAUGACACACGGAAUGAUUUUACUGUCGUUUUACAACCAUUCUUCAAGAACACGGAACCACCAACACUGGGAGGCAGUAUUGAUCUGAGCUUCUUCUCCCCGGACUGUUUCCACUUCAGCGCUAAAGGCCAGUCUGCAGCGGCUCUGUCCCUAUGGAAUAACAUGUUGGAAGCACCCUCAUACAAAAAAGAAGAAUGGCAUUUAUAUGGAGAUUUCCACUGCCCAGGAACUCAUGCUGGACAUGACCAUUCGUUCUUUACAACAUAUAAGAAUUAAAGAGAAAUUUUUUUUUUCAAAAGGAUGUACUCUCAGCAAUAAACAAUUUCAUUUUUGCG